CUCUCUCUCUCUCUUUCUCUCUCUCUCUCUCUCUCUCUCUCUCUCUCUCUCUCUCUCUCUCUCUCAUAGCAAGGAGGAAGGCGGGCAGUAGGCACAGGAAAAAGGAAAAACAGAAAACAGAAAAAGAAUUGUAUGCCACUAUGUCUGACUAGACCCUCUACUUAAAUAAUUCCAUCUGCAUUUUAGCCUUUUUAUUUCCGUUUUUGGAUGCCUCUUUUAUCAUCCAGCCAUCCAGCCGAAGGAGAUAGACAAAGCACUGCUGGUGCCCUGAGCGACAGAACUCUGGUGGGGGGCUGGCUGUAAAUCGACGUGGCAUGGAAAUUCUCCGCUAAGUUGUAGCAGCCUGUGUGCUUCUCUAAAAUCAAGCCCAGCCGCCGCGAGCGGUAGCUGCAUCAUCAUGGGCGCAACAACACUCCAAAAAAAUGGAUAGAAAAAGUCUUCAGCUGCUUUCUUUGGACUCAAGUGUCUUCCUUUUGCGCAUCUAUGGUUUAAGUGGGGAGGGGAAAAUCAAAGCAGUCAAGUCUGUAACUUUCUUUUUGCAGCUUUAACAACAGAAUUUGCUGCUCUCCCUCCCCUAUCCUGCAAUCUAAUUCCUUACAGAUUUGCCAUGGGGUGCGGACUCAGAAAGCUAGAAAAUCCUGAUGAGAGCAGCCCUGGAAAAAUAUUUUCAACUCUGAAGAGACCGCAAGUGGAAACAAAGACAGACUUUGCUUACGAAUAUGUAUUGCUGGAUUUUACUUUACAAGCAUCACCAAAUCCAGAAGUCAUCAAAAUUAAUUCAGUUCAGGAUAUUGUAACAAAAGUCGAAGACUACUAUCUUAAAGGAUAUGUUGUUGGAGCUAUUCAUCCUGUUAUACAACCUUUGGGACAGCAGAAACAGCUACCAGCAAGUUACUUAUACAGGGCAGUGCUAUCGCGCUUAAAAGUAAGCCCGAAUCUUUCUGCAGCACUCAGUGGACAAAGACGCCCAAGGCUUGUGAUUGAGGAGUGUCCUCUAACUUAUGAGAAACAAGCAAAUGAAGUAGCAAAAGAACUGAUAGAAAAGAUUAAUGCAGCUGCUAAAAAAGGGAUGAAGUUUGUUGGAUUCCUAUCUCAACAUCAUCCACCACUUAAAUAUUGUAAUGGAACCAACCAUGAUGGAGAGCUAGAAUCAACACAUCACAUGAAAAAUAGUUCAGAUGAAAAAUGUGGAAAUUGGAAUGAAGGAACAUUGAGUGGUCAGUCAUCUGAAAGUGGAAUUGAGGAAGAACUUCAUGAAAGUGGACAGUACCAAAUGCAAAGAGAUGGCAACCCUUGGUCCUCGAAAUUAAGAAAAGGAGAAGAUAGUAAGUUGUAUAUAGUCUUCAAUGUUUUUGAUGAUGAAUCAACCUGCUGGACGUAUCAUGAAGGAGUUCUGUCAAUGAAAGUAACGAGAAAAGGACCUGUCAUUACUACACUUGAUGCUGAUUGGCUGGAAUUAACCACAUUUUACUAUAAGAACGGCUUGUCUUUAAUUGAUUACUUUGUAUGCUGGGAUCCAACUAAAGGGGACCAUUUAUCUAAAUGUUUGGAAGGAUUAUUUAUCUAUGAAGAAGAAGGCCCUGGAGUUACAGGUUCCAGUAGGAAAGGAAAUGAUGCCAUCAUAGUAGAACAAUGGACUGUUAUUGAGGGCUAUGAAAUCAAAGCGGAUUAUGGCCCUCUGCUGCACACCCUGGCUGAGUUUGGGUGGCUCCUGACCAGCGUGUUGCCGACACCUAUCCUGAGACAUGACAGUGAAGGGAAUUUAGCAACAAAGCAGGUUGUAUUCCUUCAGAGACCUAUUAUGUGGAACUCAGCCUCUCAAACGCCAGAAAGAAAAUCCAGCCGGCACGUUAAAGGGGAAGACAAGAACAAAGGCGCCAGUAGGAGCUCAGGGCUGGACACAGCCGCAUCCCAACCUCCAGAGCGAAAGCCGCUGUCUGAGAGCCUCGCCGGCCCCUCCAGAGAAAUCUGGACACAGGAGAGGAAGCCAGCGCCCCCCAGCAGCUUCUCCGGCUUCAGCAGCAGCGACAGUGUCCAUCGCGAGCUAGACGAUGGGCAGCUUGAUCAGGAAGAUGGAGUAACUCAGGUCACUUGCAUGUGAGAAGGCUCUGUAGAUACGUAUUCAAGCCAGACCCAGCUGCCCGGUACUGUAUCGCAAGCUCUGCACUUAGGUAAUACAGGGGACUCCUCCGGACUCGCACUGCCCUCUGAUCCAUGUAAACUUCCCUCCAGCCUCCCUGAUGAGGAAGAAUAACCAACAUGUUCAUACAUUUAGCAUCAUGUUUACACUUCUGUCAACUAAAAUACCUGUUGACACUGUUGACACAUUAGGUUAUUCACCAAUAAUCUACUUCAGUUUCUUGAAAAUGUACAAGGUACACUUUUCUUACAAUUCCUGGGAGAAAAAACUAAACAUCUCAACCAGUUUUUUAUGUAUUAGAAAGCCUUCAGGCAGUUAGUCUGACUUAAGAUGAAAAAUAAUCACUUCUCUCUCUCUCUCCCUCUCUCUCCCUCU